UCCGCGGUGCCAUUCUAAUGGCAGACUACGGCACCGAUGACACCGCACCGGAACUAACCCUGUUCGACAUCGCCUGGGAGGACGUCCUCUUCGCGAAGCUGCUUCCGCUCCUAUCCCUGGCGGAUCUGUUCAACCUUCGGUGUUGUUCCCGGCUGAGCAAGCAACUGGUGGACGGUGGCCUGCGCUCGCGAAGGAUCGUCAAUUUGUCCGGCAACAACAGCCGUAGCGUGCACCGUGCGUUCCGGGUGCUUUCGCGCAAGUGUCGCAACGUCCGGACGGCGAACCUGGCCAAAUGCGGCUGGCUCAGCGACGAGCUGCUGGCGGAGUUUCUGCGCGCCAACACCAAGAUCCGGCGCGUUAAUCUGAGCGAUUGUGUGAACGUUACGCCGGUUGGGCUGCAGCCGAUCAUCAUCGAGUGCAAGCAGCUGCAGGAGCUCAAGUUGGCCCGUUGCAGUUGGCUGACGAUCGGGGCCAUUGAGGCGCUCACGUUGCACCACUCGGCACCGGGGGCGCACGGAAUCGUCGAGUUGGACAUUUCGCACUGCGUUGGGCUGAACGAGCGGUGUAUUUCGAUUUUUCUGCUGAAUAUGCGCCAGCUGAGGACGCUGGCCGUGGCGUACAUUCCGGCCGUGACGGACAAUCUGCUGUACUCGAUCGCGAAGAACGCCAAGGCGAUGAGGCACUUGAACAUUAUUGGAUGUCAGCUGACCACGGAUCGGGGCGUUGGCGCCCUCUCCCUCUACUGCACCGGUCUCGAGUCGCUGAUGGUGCGCGACUGUCCCGGCAUCACCGAGCGCAGCCUGUCGCUCCUUCGAGGCCGCGUCUUCAUCGACCGCCCACGCAACUUCCAACAGCAGAUGAACGUCGCCCCAAACGUGGCCCUUCCGCGACUCUACCUGCAGGUUUAGGAUUUUAGGGUCUUUCGCGGUGCCAGGAAGAGAUAGAGAGAUGAAUUUUUGUUUGUUAUUUUUACGCAUAUAUUUAUUGUAGUUGGAUAGAUGUUCUUAGCUCUGUAAUAUAAUAUACGAUUAUACAACAAGA